AUGGUCCAGUUCACCGAUAAGCGCUGGGGCGCCUCAGUUCUCCUGCUACUAUUCUUGAGCACCGCACAUGGCAGCAAGUUACCACCAAAGGCCCAACAACUGAGUUCCUGUACCGAAAGGCCUCAGAUGCAAAAUUUCGACUCAAUCGGAGCCUGGUUCGAUGAUGUCGCUAAGCUCAAUUGCAACUCAGUCUCCAAAGCUCCCAAUGCCUCCGUCGCCAUUGUCGGAGGCGGUGUAUCUGGGCUCACCACCGCUCUAAUGCUAGAUAGCAUAGGUCUUCACAACUGGGAGAUCAUCGAAGCUAGUGACAGAGUCGGCGGGCGCUUCAGAACCAAGUUCGUCGGUGGUACGCAGGAGUUUGCUGAGAUGGGUCCGAUGAGAUUGCCUUACACUGUUACCUACAAGAGCGAUGACUCUACACAUGAGUAUACGGAGCAUCGGCUGACUUUCCAAUUGGCUGAGACUCUCAAUGAGAUGAAUGGAAAUGACUCAAAGUGGAAAGUCGACUUUAUCUCUUGGAUUCAGCAUCAUCCUAAUGAGCUUAUUGCCUGGGGAACUGGCCGCCAUCGAGAUGGCCGAAUUCCAACAAGAGCAGACAUCCAUGCGAACUCAAGCCUCGCGAAACCGCCAGCUAUGGUAUCAGCCGAAUACAACGAAACAAAGCACCGCAUGAACGAGAUCCUCAAGAACGAAACUAUGCUCAAGGCCAUCCAAGCCGAUGUCUGGCGCUCUCACAAGUUCGUCAUGAGCCAGAGCUAUGAUGACUGGAGUGAACAGUGCAUGAUGAGGGCAGCUUUCCAUGCCAGCGAAAACAUCACUGAUGCGAUAUGGACUGCGACGGAUUACGAUGUCUUCUGGGAUGAAAUGGUGCACAACUCAAAUCUCGCAUUAGAUGGGACUAAAGACUCACUGGGCGAGACGGAAUGGAAGUGCGUUGACGGAGGAUUCAAUCGGCUCACUGAUGCUUUCAUCCCUCAUGUUUCCGACCGUUUGGUUCUCAAUCGCAAGAUCAGAAAGCUUGAAUCUGUCAAGGGCGAAGGUGGCCAAACUCGAACAAGACUCUCGUGGUAUCCCAGCGUCAAGAACCGGACGUUUGAGUCCAAGGACUAUGACUACACCAUCAUGGCAGUUCCCUUCACAAUGACCCGCUUCAUGGCUCUACCCUCAUUCUCAUCCGUCCUCGGUCGCGCAAUCAGCGAAGCAGGCCUACGCUUUAAGUCAGCCUGCAAAGUCUCCCUCCUCUUCUCCGAACGUUUCUGGGAGAAGGGCGAGCGACCUAUCUUUGGUGGUUACUCUAUUCCUGAGAGUAGACCCAUCGGUGCUUUAUACUAUCCUGUCUACGGAUUGAACGAGUCCCGACCUGGGCUCAUAACACACUACCGUGGUGGAGAUUGGAGUGAUCGCUACGUCAGCUUCUCUGACGAAGAGCACGUUCAAACAGUUCUCGACGCAAUCGUGAGUCUUCAUGGGGAGCAAGCGCGCGAGCUUUACACGGGCGAUUAUGAGAGACUAUGCUGGUUACAAGAUGAACAUACUGCGACCUCGUGGUGUCGUCCUGAUGUUGAGCAGCAUAACCUCUACAUCCCAGCGUAUCAUCAGACUGAACAUAACACUAUUUUUAUUGGAGAGCAUACGGCCCCGACGCAGGCUUGGAUUAGCUCAGCUAUAUACUCGGCGGCUAGAGGUACUAUUCAGCUGUUGCUAGAGCUAGGGAUGGUGCAAGAAGCGAAGGAGAUCAAUCGACGCUGGAUGGGCAGAUGGAUUAGGGACGAAACUAAGCCAUAA